UUAUUUUUUAUUUUUUAAAAUUUUAUUUUUUAAAUGUCACGGUCCACAUAUCUGUGUGGUUCUCCUGGAUGAGCGGAAUUCCUUGAGAAAUUUGAGUAUUUAAUGUUCAUAGGGUUGUCAAUCUGGAGUUUUUCUUUACUGGAAAUUACCGUCGGAAUUUUUUGAUUUCCUCCAAAUCUGCAACAGUUGACAGCCUGUUUGCUGUAAUUUUCCUUGAUUGAAGUUGUUUGGAGGAUUCCCAAGCAGCAGUUUGAUGUAAGUUGUUUCUGUUUCUGUUUAGCGCAGUAUUAAUGUGCUUUUAUCCUCUUCCUUCUGUAUGUUUGGGUUUUCUCAUAGAUUCUAAGAUCCCUAUCCAAUUACUAUGUCUACCUUGCUACCUCCACAAGUUACUACUCCUAAGUUGAAUGGUAGUAAGAGGUCUAAGGAUGUGGUGUCUCUCUCCAGUCAAGGAAAGCAAUGUCAUCGGUAGUAAUAGUUCUAAGGAUGUAGUCUAUCUCUCCAGUCAAGGAAAGCAAUGUCAUCUACUGAUAGAAGGAACUGGAUGUAUGGAUUCAAGAAGAUGCCCAAAUUGUUGGUUUAUUGUGGAACUACUUGGGCACUUUCAGAUACAAAUAAGGAGAUAUGGGAUUAUCCUAAGUUUUUAUUUACUAGUAAUUUACAGGAUUUUUGCAGAGAUGAAAUGGCUCUAUGAGGAGUUAAAUGUGCUUCAACUUAUGUAAAAGAAAUGGAAAAAAACAAAGGAAACUGAUCUUAUUAAUCAAGUUUUUGGCCAGCUUAAACCUGAAUUUCUAUCCAGUGAUAUCUUAUAUCGUCAGACUGCAUUUGCUUGAUUUUUAUGGUAUGGAGAAGUCUAUAUUAGGCGUGGUCAACAUAAAGAGGUGACCAAUCUGGUGGUGGUUAAUGCUUCAAUGGUGAAUGUGGUAAUCAUGGUAGCAGGGUUGGGCAUGGUAGAGGUCCACCUUGCAAAUGUUCUCGUUCUGGGUUAGAGAGUCGUACUCGUGACCAGGUUGCUGAUGUUGUGGCAUCUUGUUGCUGUGGAACUAUAGACUGUAACAGUAUCAGAGGAUGAAUAUACAAAGUUCCCUAAAUAUUGUGCACCCCAAUCAUCAUGUCUCCCUAUUGCAUCAUUGGCCUUAUGUAUUCCCAUUGCUUCUUUGUUCUAAUUCUUCUCCAUCUAGACUUUGACUUGUAGAUUUAAUUGCUACAUCAGGUACCUCUUAUGUUUUUUUUUUUUGAACCUUCAAUAUUCAGAAUCACUUCUCAGUGUCACUCUUGCCAAUGGAUCUUUCUACUUCUAUUAGCGGCAUUGGGACAGUGGAACCUGGAUUUUCCUUUUCUUUGUCUUUUGUUUUGUCUCCUUUUCCAUUUGACCUCAUGUUUGUAUGUAAACUCACGAAGCAUUUACAUUGCUCAAUAACUCUUUUCUUCUGAUUCUGUUGUGAGUCAAGAUUUGAAGAUUAUGGAGAGGAUUGGUUGAGGACAUGAAUCUAAUGAUUUCUUCUACUUCAUCCUAUUGCCUUCAUCUCAACUUGCAGGUGUUGAUAAAUUGGAUCCUUAAGUGUUCUAUAGGCCUGGCAAAAUGGGUCAUGACCCGUCGGGUCACCUGGACCCACCCGUUUAAAACGGGUUCAAGUGUAGAGAAGUUAACCCGUUUAAUAAUUGGGCGGGUCACAGGUCAACCCGUUUAUAAACGGGUUCUCUGGGUUUGGGCGGGUCACUCGGCGGGUGACCCGUUAAUUUGGAUCCUUAAUGCAUAAUGCUUCACAGUCACGCGCACUGCACACGCCUUUAGCAAUCAGCCUUCAGACUUCAGUCUCAGGCUCUCAGUCAACACAAAAAAACCCUAAGGGCCCUAACCCGCGCCACUGCUCUUAGGCUCUCAGGCUCUCCUCAUCUCUGACCUCUCAGCUCUCACUCUCUUAAAUCUCAAUCCUCUCCUCUCCUGACUCCUGAGUCUCCUCUCCUCUCCUGUGGUGCGCUGCUACGUGCCGGACCUGCCGGUGCUGCGAGCCUGCGAAUGAUUCACUCCACACCUUGAGCAGCUCGAUUCGUUGUCUCCUUUAGGCUCCACAGACCACAGCCACAGGCAUUAGUUAUCCCCAGCUCCACAGACCACUUGACUCCACACCUACAGCCUCCAGUUGCUCCACGGUAAGAUUAAGCUCCCUCAGGCCUCACGGAUCAAGCUCCUUCAUGAUCCACAGACGCAGAGGACCAGAGGUGGAGCCGCAGAGAGACCGGAAAAGGUGGUAGAAUGGUGAUGACAGCACAUUCAGAGAAAUUUUCUGUGGAUUUUUUGAUGGGUGGGGUAGCAGCAAUAAUAUCAAGGAGUGCGGCUGCACCAAUUGAGAGAGUGAAACUUUUAUUACAGAAUCAAGGAGAGAUGCUAAAGAGAGGGCAACUCAAGAGACCUUAUAUGGGUGUCUGUGAUUGCUUUGGACGGGUCAUGAAAGAAGAAGGUUUUUUAUCUUUUUGGAGAGGUAACCAGGCCAAUGUUAUACGAUAUUUUCCUACUCAGGCUUUCAACUUUUCAUUCAAAGGUUACUUCAAAAGCUAUUUUGGUCGCUCAAAAGAAAGAGAUGGAUAUGUAAAGUGGUUUGCAGGAAAUGUAGCUUCUGGGAGUGCUGCUGGUGCAACUACUUCAUUAUUUUUGUAUCACUUAGAUUAUGCACGCACACGGCUGGGAACUGAUGCUAAGGAAUGCCCAGUUAAUGGUAAACGCCAGUUUAAAGGGCUGUUAGAUGUGUACAGAAAAACUCUCUCGAGCGACGGAAUCGUUGGCCUUUAUCGGGGAUUUGGGGUUUCUAUAAUGGGAAUUACUCUGUACAGAGGCAUGUAUUUUGGGCUGUAUGACACAAUGAAGCCUAUCAUUUUGGUGGGGCCCUUUGAGGGUAAUUUUAUUGCAAGCUUCUUUUUGGGUUGGAGUAUAACAACAGUUUCUGGUGUCUGCGCCUACCCCUUUGACACCUUGCGCCGAAGAAUGAUGCUGACCUCUGGGCAGCGCUCAAAGUAUCGUAAUGGGCUGCAUGCUCUCCGUGAGAUAAUUCGCCUUGAGGGUUUUAGUGCACUGUUCCGUGGUGUAUCAGCAAAUAUGCUUCUUGGUAUGGCCGGGGCUGGAGUACUCGCAGGCUAUGAUCAGCUGCACAGGAUUGCAUAUGGACGUGGUUAUUCAUAGUUUUGACCCACUUCUGAAAGAUUUGAAGUGAAGGAUCUCCACAAGGAAUUUGUGGGUUGGCAUAGCUUGAGAAUUGAUUCUUUCCCUCAAAGGGGUUUAGUGUAAUCUUAAAGAGAACUGAAUAAGAAAUACACACAGCAGAUAUGAUGAAGGAAUCAGUCGUUCAGAGGAACAGCUUGCUCUUUGGAGGCCUGGGAAAAUAUAAAAGAAGCUUUCGUGUACAAUGUACAGUUCAACAAAUUAAAUUGAUUUCUUUCACAAAACCAUGGGUAAGAUUUUCAGUUUUCAUUGUUGCUUAAAGGGAAUGUUCUGUACAUUAUAUAAUUGUUUGGUUUCUUCUA